GGGAGGGAGGUCCGGGGUGGGGGUUGGAGGGAGGAGGAGGAGCGGCCGCGGUGCUAGUGGCGACAGCGAUGCUGGAGAUGAUGGCGGCGGCGGCGGCCCAGGGCAACUCCGGAUCGAUCAGUGGCUCCGCCGCCCGGCUGGAAGUCUCCAUCGACGGCCUUACGCUGAGCCCGGACUCGGACGAUGUGGAGCAGGAGCGCGGAGGGCAGUGGGAGGCCUCGGCCUCGGCCUCACACCCUCAGCCCAGAGCAGCAGCGGCAGCGGCGGCCGAGUGCGGCCCUGGGGCUGGCCUGGGUCUUGGCGAUGUAUCAGUGGGAGAGCAGGGUGGACAGACACAGGCCGAGGAGAUGGAGAAACGAUGGGGCUUCCAUCUGACUGAGCUCUACUGCCUGGCUCUCAAAUUCUUUAAAGAGAAAGACGGUAAAGCUUUCCACCCGACGUAUGAAGAGAAAUUGAAAUUUGUCGCCUUACAUAAACAGAUCACAGUUGGUCCUUACAGCCCUGAUUCUUGCCCAGAAGUUGGCUUCUUUGACGUUCUUGGCAAUGACAGAAGGAGAGAAUGGACUGCCCUGGGUAACAUGUCGAAAGAAAAUGCCAUGGUGGAGUAUGUCCAGUUGUUGAACAAGUGCUGCAAUCUGUUUGAACCCUAUGUCACAUCCCAUAAAAUAGAGAAGGAGGAGCAAGAAAGGAAGAGGAGAGAAGAGGAGGAGAGGCGACGGAGGGAAGAGGAAGAACAAGAGCGUUUGCGGCAGGAGGAAGAGAGAAGGCGACAAGAGGAGGAAGAGAAAAGGAGGCGGGAAGAGGAGGAGAGGAGAAGGUUGGAGGAGGAACGGCUUCGAAUGGAACAACAAAAGCAACAGAUCAUGGCUGCCUUAAAUGCACAGACUGCAGUGCAGUUCCAGCAGUAUGCAGCCCAGCAGUACCCUGGCAAUUUUGAGCAGCAGCAACUCCUAAUUCGUCAGCUUCAAGAGCAGCACUAUCAACAGUACAUGCAGCAGCUGUACCAGGUGCAGCUAGCACAGCAGCAGGCAACGCUACAGAAGCAGCAGGAGCCGAUAGUAUCAACAACCCACAUAGGGGUAGGAGAGGUACCGACCGUGAAUGGACAGACAACUUCACAUACAGACCUUUCAGAAGAAAAGCCAGAGCCAGAAUCUUCAGAAGAAAUAUUGGAAAAUGGACCAAAAGACACAGCUCCAGUCAUAGCAGCUCCCUCCAUGUGGACCCGACCACAAAUCAAAGACUUCAAGGAGAAGAUCCGGCAGGAUGCGGACUCUGUCAUCACGGUGGGCAGGGGGGAGGUGGUUACCGUGCGGGUGCCUACUCACGAAGAGGGCUCUUACCUCUUCUGGGAAUUUGCUACAGACAAUUAUGACAUAGGCUUUGGUGUCUGCUUCGAAUGGACAGAUUCUCCCAAUACCACAGUGAGCGUGCAUGUCAGUGAGUCCAGUGAUGAUGACGACGACGAUGAAGAUAGUCCCAAUGAAGUGGAGAAGAUCAAGAAGGAGGCCAGCAAAGUUCAGGUAGAUGAGGUGGUACCAGUCUACAGACGGGAUUGCCAUGAGGAGGUGUAUGCUGGGUCCCAUCAGUACCCAGGCAGAGGGGUCUACCUCCUGAAAUUCGACAAUUCCUAUUCACUCUGGAGGUCAAAAUCUGUUUAUUACAGAGUUUAUUACACCAGAUAAAACCAAGCUAGCCCACGCUUGGCUCCUGCUUCUUUUUGUUUUAUUUUGUAAACUUCAAUUUGCACAUUGUGCAUUGAAAUAAUUAUCUAAAUCGUUCUAUAUAAUAAAUUGGGUGAAGGAUCUUCUACUGCAGUAAUGAAACUCACUGCCAGGAAUUGGUUUCAUUAGCCGCCUUCAGAGUCAUUGCUAUAUUCAAUUGUUGCUGGCACUGAUAACCAUUUGUGUGUUGCAUCAUGAGGAGUGGUUAAUGCAAGCCUUUGUAGUCUAUAAAGUCUAAAAACAGAGGGUAGUUUAAGAAAUGCUUGGCUGGAUGCAUAGAAAUCACCUUGUCGGUUUGCCCCUAUAAAUCCCUCUGUGUAGUUAUCCCCAGGAAAUGUAAAAGCAGCUUUGCCUGUUUUGCUGAACCCUGGUGUUCAGAAGUCUCAGUUGGGUUUGCUUCGUAAAAUGAAUCGCUCGUCACUAGAACUGGGGCUGGCGUUUACCACGAGAUGUGGUCAGGCUGCAAGUUGCAUGGUGUGAAAAUCUGCGAUUGAGUAGGGAAAGGUGAGUUAAUGGUUUGUGCAUGACUGCCCUUGUGCCCAAAGCAUCUCAUCAGUCAGCUUGUUUCUCAGACAAUACUUGGCCCUCUGUUCAUUCUGCCUAAACAGAGGUGGGACUUGUGACUCCAGUCAUCCAACCUUUAAUUUUUUUUUUAGUUUUUAGUUUCAAUUAUAUGGAAAAGCUUUGAUGCACUCAGGAUUUGAAGUCCCCCUUGGUUGAAAACAUUGUCUUAGUUUACCUCCUUGGUCUAUCCUGUUCAGUCCAGAUAACGUGUUGUCCCACUCAGUAGGCGGAAUACCUGGGGCCUCUUAGGGUUACUCUGUACAGCAGCCUUUCCUCAGUGUUAACGAGCUGGGUUUCCUUGGAGACUUCCUCCCUACAUUGAAAGUGCCUCUUGAGACCCCAGAGCCAUUUACCUGAGCUCUUCAGCGAAUGCCUCGUUCUAGAGGAGAGAAGAUAAUGGCCAAUGGCAGACUGGUGGGAUACUGUGGCUAUACGUAGCCAUGUUUGGCUGGGGUUUUUUUUUUGUUUGAAAAUUGACUUCACAGUUUGGGAAACAUCCCUUUUUAAAUCGUAUCCCUGACCAAAAUCCAUUCCAUGCCACGUGGUAGUCAGUUAUGACACUGAGCAGCUGCAUUUUCUGCUGUACUAAGUUUCAGUUAUGACACUGAGCAGCUGCAUUUUCUGCUGUACUAAGUUACUUGAUCUUGGCCACAGUAAUGGGGAAGCUGUUUCCCUCAGUGUUUGGAGCUGAGCUCAGAGGUCUUUGACGUCCUCCUCACUGCCCAGUGAUUCCCAGCUGCUGGUUUGUUAGGUGAGAGCAGGGUGAGCUUUCCUGUGAUGUCCUCUGUGCUUCAUUAUUCUGCUGCCAGUCUGUCUAGACUGUGCAGGUAAGGGUUUUUAUUCAUGUACACCAGUUUGUCAUGACGUUAAGCAGCUGGUAAAGAAUCAAGGCACAAUCGUGCUGCAUCCCAUCAGUCUGGCCUCAUUGACUUGAGGUGGAGACUUGAAUCCAGUUUAACAAGUGAGUUGCUUGAGCGUGGGCUGGCCAUUGCACAGGAACUUGAGCAGUUUGACCUGGCUUUUGCUUUAACCAAUUGUUGACCAAACCCCUCCUGGCACAGAGUAUCUAGUCCACAGUUCCUUCUUACAACCUUCAUCAGUUAUGUGUGGUUGUGCUCAUUCAGAGAGAGAGAGAGAGCACCCAACAAUUAAUUGUUGUGUUGAGAGGAAGGGUUAAAACCAGUAGAACAGAAAUAGUGAGCAGGCUUCCAUCCAUUGCCCUCAUUGACAUGAAGGAAAUAGUAUAGUGUCUGGCAGUUUCAGUCCUUGUGACACAGGAAGGCUCUUGCUUUCUCUCCUUUCUAUAAGGAUUUGCCUUUUGCUAUUUUUAUUUUUCAACAAAGCUGUUUAUCUCUGGGUAUAAUGAGGGUUACACAUUAUAUUGAUAAGAAAUGCUUAUAAACUUGAUGGAUCUCCCAUGGUAUUCUCCCUGAGGAGAUGGUGAGCUUCUAAAUUCCUGAGAUUGGCAAAUUGAAUGCAAGUUUUGGGUUCUAAGGCAGAAGAUUGCAGCCUGUGCACUUUUUUUCUGAAAUGUAAAAAGUUUGCAUCGACUCGUGGAAGUUAGAUAGGGAGGCCCAGUCGAAGUGUAGACUUUCCGAUAUAUAAUUUAACAUACUAGCAUCCCUGUUUUAUUCAGCUGAUCAGGGGUUGCAGCUUGUACCUGGAGGACCUUGUUGUCACCAAAGCAUCUUAAUUAAGAAUAGUUUCAGAUUUCCUUUUGAAAUCACUUCUUUCAUUUCUCAUGGUGCGAUUGUGUUGUACCGGUAUAGCUGCGACCUGUACAGUUCUGAGAUGGCAGUUGUUUCUGCAAGGGCUUUUGUUUUGUUUUCCCUCUCUCUCACCCUCUUAUAUAAAUAAUUGUUUCAUUAACACUUGUAUAUAAUGCUUCUCCCCCCCCCCCCCCCACCAUUUCCUUUUUGUGGAUUGUAUUUACUGCUGUUUUCCUAAUUACAGGCACCACCAACUGUUUUAUAUAUGGUUUGAAUUAGUCUGAUUUUCAGUGAAACCGAAAUGUAAUGGACACUCAUUGAGCAGGGUAUGUUGUUGGAAAUGUGGCCUGAUGUUCUGAGCUGUUAGUCUGACAGAAGUUUCCCAGAAUAUUAAACUUGGAAAGAUUUUA